AAGCACAGACACGCUCGGACGCCGUGUGGAAAUUUCAUUUGGAAUUAUUCUGCAGAUGUUCGAUCACACUCUUUUAAGAGGUUGGUAUUCAAAAUCGUUCUUGAAUAAGUUUUUAAAAAUAGCCUUAGAGCUUAAAACCCUUGCAAUUUGUUGUGGGUUCAGAAAAACGCAAAAUUCUAUCGAAAGUGGUAAUUCAAGUCAACCUUUGGAUGGCAAUCUUUCCUUGGUGUAGCAUAUCAUUUAAAAUAAUCCCAAUCAACAUCUCGGUUCUUAAAUUAAAAUGUUCAUGAGGACACACGCUUAGUGCCGUUCGCCAUUUUAUGAUCUUUUGUCUGCGUUUAUCUCUAAUUCGUCGGAGGAUGAUUAAGCAAAAGAAGCAUAAAAUCCAUAAUGUUUGUACCAACCAGACAAGACACUGCUUAUUUCUUUUGGACACGGUACAACAUGGCAAAACGCCGAGAACUUUCUAAGAGUCAAACACUUCUGUUCACCGCACGUGACAUACAAACUGUUUUCAAAAUUCAAGCCGAAACUUGUAAGUAACAAAGUGAUUUAUGGCAAAGAUUUAAAAACUUAGGAUGUGAGGCAAUGUCUUGUAAUAAAAUCAGAAUUACAAAAAGAUGUCUUUCUCUCUUGUAACGAGCGCCGCUCAAACGAACAACGAAUCCAACCUCAGAGCUUCGGUUUCCGCGCUAAGGCUGGAUAAAACUUGAACUUGGAUGUUGCGUUCGCCCCAGGGUGUUUUUUUUUUUUUUUUACUCAGACUGAACCCUUUAGGCCAGGAAAUACUUCAAAUUUUCAUCAACUCUUGUCCCUUGCCUGAUUUCCCCCACGACAACACGGAACGCGGAACUUAAUUAGUUCAGUGAUAAUCGUGCUGAUUAAACCUUUCAAAUGCGCAAUCAUCACGGUUUCAAUUGUCUCAACAUUGUCAAUCAAUGCGUACACUUUUUUUUCCCUUUACAGUCUUCAAGAUGUUCUGUCAUAUUUUGAUCGUGGUUACAAUUUUUGCGGCGAAAGAAGCAAUGGCGACUGAUAGAUGCCAGAUGGUAAUCUCAGGCACUUGUAUUCAACAUUGCCACAACCAAUCAUGUGACUGUGGCGUAACAGACAGUAACCAAGGCUACAAUGAAUGUUACCAAGCCUCCGCAGGUUCUAAAUGCAGAGCAAUCACGUGCUCAUCCGAGACAUGCUAUCAGAAGUGUCACAAUUGUCACAUGAAGUGUACCAGUGAUGUUAGUUUCUGUAGACAGCGGUGUUUAUCAGGAGCAUGCUCAUUUACGUGUGACGCUCAACACUGUGAACAGGAAUGUACUGGAGAGAACUGUCAGAAUACCGUCUUUGACAACUGCCAUCUGAUCUUGCCGCUAAAUUACCUGGUGAUAUUGGCGGGAAUUUUGUUCGUGAUAAGUAUGUUGGCCUGUGUGCUCCUUGUCAUGUCUUUUAGAAAAAAGGAUUGCAUCCCUGAUUGCUAUCCGCAGCCGCCACCCUACUCAAAGAUUUAG